AUGUCUAGCAAACCGAGACUGUGCAAAUUGGAGAAAGUGAGUGAGUUGAUCUGGCCAAAAACCAGAAUCUGGUUCGUGUCCCACCUCAACAUAAACAUCCCAAAUGAUAUCCCAGGAAAUUUUCUGAACUGGCUAGAAAGCAUCCUUGAACAUCCUGAGGAAGACACAAUGGCUGAAAUUUUCAAUCUCAUUUGGGCUAUUUGGUGCAGACGCAAUGCCUGGACCUUUGAUGGGCAACUUUGGGAUAUAGAGAAAACUCUAGCUAAGGCAGCUUGUAUCGGUGUAAGUGAACCGUCCCACAAUAUUUCCCCUCCUGCUAGUUCCGAACCUAUAAAGUGGAAGGCACCACCAAGCGGGUUCUACAAACUGAAUGUUGAUGCAGCAAUAAAAACAAACAUAGGCAUAGGCCUUGGAGCAAUUAUCCGAAACAACAAAGGGAAAACCAUGGCUGCUGCAACCUGGAUGAUUGAGGAGAUUGAGGACUCAGCCCUUGCUGAAGCGGCUGGUGUCAAAUGGGCUCUGAAAUUAGCAAAAGACCUGGGCUUUGAUCGAGUGUUACUGGAAACAGAUUCACUUCUUUUUGUAAAACAGUGGGAAAACAAUCAGUCGGGUAUUUCGUACUUAGGUGAUGUUGUCAGAGAAUGUAAAUACAUUUCUUCUGCUUUUAGUUUGUGUACUGUCUCCCAUGUGAAAAGGGCUUGUAAUGUAGUGGCAGAUUUUAUAUCCAACCUAGCCUUUACCCAACAGGAAAACUGUUGGAUAGAAGAGGAUCCUCCAGGGGCCUCUAUUUUGAUUUUUGCUGAUGUACCAAUUGCAGUUUCUACUGCUAAUGAACGAAGAGACAGUACUUAA